AUAAAUCGUAAUUUCUCUUGUUUUUCCUUUCCCUUUCUUCAACAAAACUAAAAGUCCAGAAUUAGGGUUUCGAUAACCCUAACCCCAGCAUAGCCCCUGCAACUCCGACAUCAUUUGGGUCCCUUUGUCCUUCAAUUAGAUCACAGCUUUUCGUUCAAAAAUAUAUUCUCUUGUUAUUGUUCUUAAUUUCAAGCAACAAUGGCGGAGCACUUGGCCUCAAUCUUUGGUACGGAGAAGGACCGCGUGAAUUGCCCCUUCUAUUUCAAGAUUGGAGCAUGCCGGCACGGGGACAGGUGUUCACGGCUCCACAACCGGCCGACGAUCUCUCCGACUCUCCUCCUUUCCAACAUGUACCAGCGCCCGGACAUGAUCACUCCCGGAGUGGAUGCCCAGGGCCAGCCCAUCGAUCCCCGCAAGAUCCAGGAGCACUUCGAGGACUUCUACGAGGACAUCUUCGAGGAGCUCAGCAAGUUUGGUGAGAUCGAGAGCCUCAACGUUUGUGACAACCUCGCCGACCACAUGAUUGGAAACGUGUAUGUUCAGUUCAGGGAGGAAGACCAGGCCGCAGCUGCCCUCCAGGCUCUUCAAGGAAGGUUCUACUCUGGUCGUCCUAUCAUUGCGGAUUUUUCCCCGGUCACCGAUUUCCGCGAAGCAACUUGUCGGCAAUACGAGGAGAAUAGCUGUAACCGUGGGGGAUACUGUAACUUUAUGCAUGUCAAGGUAAUUGGAAGGGAGCUGAGAAGGAAGCUGUUUGGGAGGCACCGCAGGUAUAGAGGGAGUCGGAGCAGGAGUAGGAGCGCCAGUCCUCGCCACCGGCGUGAGAGGGAAUAUAGGGAAAAGUCUCGAGAUCGAGACCGAGAUGAUCAUCGUGAUAGAAAUGGGCGAAGACCGGAUAGGGAUAGGGAUAGGUAUGACCGUGAAAGCGGGAGUAGGAGAAAGCAUGGGAGUCCUAGGCGAAGCAGAAGCCCUCCACCUGCUAGGGAAGGAAGUGAGGAGCGGAGAGCCAGGAUUGAACAAUGGAACCGUGAGAGGGAAGAGAAGGUGUAAGAAAAGAUUGUUGGGUAUCAUGUGUUUACUUUUGGGUAAUCAUUUCUAAUUAUCAUGUUUUUGUUAUGUUUCUGCAAUUUGGAUUGAACUUAAAUCUUCCUUUAGGAUGAGUGGAACGAUCUUAGCUGUUACAAA